GUAGAUGAUAGAGGCUGGAGAUGGUAAACAGUAUAACAAAUAUAAAUUUUCUCAAUGUAGAUCUUAAAUUAUACAAUAAAAGAAUUGAUAGUGAAGUAAUGUAGAUCAAUUUUUUUACACUGCAGUCAUGUUGGUUUGACAUUUUAUAAUUUCUCUAUUAAGAGUAACAUGAAUUGCUUUGUGUAUACUUUUAACCUAAGUUACUUCACCCUCUGUGGCAUUGUCCACUGCUGAUAACAAAAAAGAACUGGAAGUAGGACACAAAACCAUGAAACUUCAGGAAAAGGAAGGAGACCCCCUAAGAGUUCAACAGACCGACAAGAUAGUAUCAAAGAUUUGUGACAGACUGCUAAGAAAAGAGUGGAGACCUUACGAGCUAGACCGAGUUCCUCAACUUGAGGGAAUUUAUGUCAUCGGACAAGUGACAGAAAUCUCGAAGUUUGGUAUCUUUGGGGAACCAGAAGUUGUUUAUUGUGGUCGGUCAAAUGACGUUCAUAGGCGACUGGGAGAACACAUGCGCCAAAACCUAAGGAUCGACGAGUUCGUGAAGGAAGAAUUCAAGAAGAAUAUGGGGAGAGACUUACGAGUCAAAUGGAUUCAUGAAAGAAAUGACGAUCGAAUUGAAAUCAAAUAUAUACAUUGUAUUGCCGACAGGCUUGGCUAUUGGCCGAAGUAUAACAUAAGGCGUUAAAUUUCUUGCAAACUUUGUGUAACAUAGUCAAGAAAUGACGUUUUUCUUGGUACCGCCAAAUCAAGCUAUAGCCGAGCGGCUAAAUUGUUAACCUCAGUGAUGUCUUAAUUAACAAAUGAGCAUUGUAUUUUAGAUAUUCAUUUUCACAUGACAGUACAGUUUAUUUGGCUAUGUUUGAUUCUGUCGUUAUUAUAAUUAAGAGAAGUAACUGAAUCAAUGUUAGAAUCGUUGUUUUAAUUUCACAAGUGGAAACAUUAUUUCUUGCCUGUUGGACGACGUGAAUCCAACAGGAAGAAUGCAUAUUAAUUAUUUCACAAGUAAGCCUAGUAAUGGCUUGCAGCCAUGUACGGGACUUUUAGAACACUUUUACAUUUGGUUUGUUCAGUGACAUGCAGUAACACUGAAUGUGAUUUUAAAAUAUAGAUUUUUUUCAUAUGAUGACAAGUAAAAUUUAUUAUAAUGAGA